GAGUAGGACGCGAUGUGGCCCAAGAAAAGAAAUACUUUCUUACUGUAACACACCACAUUCGACCCCCCUCGUGGGUGUGUAGUAUUCUUCGGACAGUCAAAAGUGGGCAUGAUUAAUUCUGGUGCCCUGCGUAAGUUUACGAUGAGGUUCGCCAAGCUAAUCGGCUAUUUGAAGCCGAUCGGGCCGGUUUUUGUCGGCAUCUCAUUGGGAUUUACCUUGAGUUUGAUAAGCGUGUCCUGGGUCGAUGACAUGUGUGAGACUGCUUGGAGAGAUAGGGCUAUCGAAGAAAUUUCGUCCCAGGAAACGCAGCCGAAAAAUAUUCAUGGGAAGCGCAAUGCUUUACUGCCCGCCGCCGACGAUGAAGAGGAUUUUACGCCGCGAAUUAUACCUUACAAGCAAAGUGCCCAAGAAGGACAAGCCAAAAAGCCAGUCAGGUCUCGGUAUGCCAGCACGGAGCUGGGCAUCCGCGACAGCCUGAUGGUGGGCGUGAUGACCUCCAAGGGCAGCCUGGACAACCUGGCGGUGGCCGUCAACCGCACCCUGGGCCACCACCUGGACACCGUGGUCUUCUUCACGGGCACCAGCAGCCGCAAGACGCCCCACGGCAUGCAGGUGGUGACGCACGGGGACGAGCGGCCCAUCUGGAACAUGUACCAGACCAUGCGGUACAUCCUGGAGCACUACAUCGAGGACUACAACUGGUUCUACCUGACCCAGGACGACACCUACACGCAGGCCGACCGGCUCAAGGCCCUGGUGUCCCACCUCAGCAUGGACCGCGAGCUGUACCUGGGCCGGCCCGAGGAGUUCAUCGGAGGCGAGAUGCAGGGGCGGUACUGCUACGCGGGGUUCGGCUACUUGCUGUCGCGCUCGCUGCUGCUCAGACUGAGGCACUUCCUGGAGAGUUGCCGCAACGAUAUUCUCAGCGUCCGGGCGGACGAGUGGUUGGGCAGGUGCAUCAUCGACUACGCACACAUCAACUGCGUGGACGAAUAUGAGGGCGUGCGCUAUGAUCACUUUGAAAUGGGCAAGAACUCCGACCUCAGCAAAGAGCAGAGCGAUGAGUUCAAAAGCACCCUCACGGUCCACCCCGUGUCUGACCCGGACCAGAUGUACCGGCUACACAAGUACUUCACUCAGAUCGAGCUGCAGAAAUCCUACGAGGAAAUCGAGAAACUGCAGGCGCAAAUAAAGAAUGUGAGCUCCUUGGCUUUCGAGGGAAACCGAAGUGCCCUAUGGCCCAUCGGGGUCAACCCUCCCUUUGAGCCAAAGACCCGCUUCGAGGUCCUCAAGUGGGAGUUCUUCACAGAGGACACCAUCUACUCUUGCCUGGACGGCUCCCCGAAGUGCGAGCUGCGAGGCAUCGACAGGAUGGACGUGGCGGACGUCAUCGAUACAGCCAUGGCCGAGCUCAACAGGAAGUACAUGCCCGUGCUGCACCUGAAGAAGCAGCAGCUGGUCAACGGCUACCGGCGCUUCGACCCCACCCGGGGGAUGGAGUACAUCCUGGACCUGCAGAUGGAGGCGGUGACGCAGAAGGGCAGGAGUCGCUCCAUCACCAAGCGCGUCCAUCUGGUGCGGCCGCUCAGCAACCUGGAGAUCAUCCCCAUGCCCUACGUCACCGAGGCCACCAAGGUGCACAUCAUCUUGCCCUUGGCCAAAGACGACGCCGUCCACAUGAAGCAGUUCCUGGAGCAGUAUGGCGCCAACGCGUUGGACAAGAAGGAGAACGCCAUGCUGACCAUCCUCUUCAUCUACGAUCUGUACCAGGCGCAGCACGUCAACCAGCACGACAUCUUCGCCGACGUGAAGUCGGCCAUCACGUUCUACGAGCGCAAGUUCCCGGGGCUGAAAGUGCCCUGGAUCAGCGUCAAGACGGACACGCCAUCUCAGAUCAAGUUCAUGGACAUCAUCUCCAAGAAGCAUCCGGUCGACACACUGUUCUUCACCGCCACGGUGAACACCGUCGUCAACACUGAGUUCCUCAACCGCUGCCGCAUGAACUCCAUCAGCAACUGGCAGGUCUUCUUCCCCAUCCACUUCCAGGACUUCAACCCGGACAUCGCCUACCAGGGCCAGGCGCCGCCGGACAAGAUCGACCUGGUGCGAGACGCGGGCCACUUCGACCGCAACGUGUUCGACGAGGCCUGCUUCUACAACUCCGACUACAUGAGCACCAGGACUCGGAUGGCCGGCGACGCGCAGGACAACGACGACCUCCUGGAGACCCUGGACAUCUACGAGAUGUUCGUCAAGUACUCGGGCCUGCACGUGUUCCGGGCCAUCGAGCCGGCGCUGCACCAGAAGUACAGCCACCAGACGUGCAACCCGCACCUCAGCGAGGACCUGUACCACCGCUGCGUACAGAGCAACCUAGAGGGGUUGGGGACCAGGUCCCAGCUGGCACUGAUCCUGUUCGAACAGGAGCAGGGGAACAGCACUUAAAUUGCCCACCCUCCUCCUCCUCCCUCUCUAAAUCACACCUGGGGUGCAUUUCUGGAAAGCGUAGUUGCUAACUAUGUUAGCUACUUUGUUGGUUGCAAUGCAUUUUCCCAUUAGUAACUACCCAAGUUGCUAACUGGCUAACAACUACGCUCUCAAGAGAUGCACCCCUGGAUUGGUUUACACUCGUCUUAAUUAACUGUGGCUGUAACGUGUUCUCAAGGAGUCUGGUUACACUUUUAUUGUUUUUUUUUUGUUUUUUGUUUUUUUAAAUCAAGUUACUAUUCUCAGUUUUGAAAAGAGCAGCUUGAACUUAGUGCUGCAGGUUGUUUUUAAAACGUGUUGACAAGGAAGCUCUGUGGAUAGGUUCCUCCUGUUCCAACAUCGGAACACGCUGCUCCACUUAUCUUCCACUUCAAAUCAUACGGCUCUUUCACAUACAGGGUACGGUCGCUCAGAUAGAAUUAGUAGACACUGCUUAAGUGGUCAUUACCAAAGUACGCUUAAAACGAGACUCUCAAGGACAUUUAUGAUAUGCUGCAACGUCGAUAUAUAUCCUCAUUCCCGGUUUGUUUAACUUAAAUUGUUUUUUUUAAUCAA